GCAGGAUUUCAGGAGGGGAGCUUCUCUCAGGGGUAGGGAUCAGACACUCUACGUCCACAUUCACGAGUCUUGCCGCCUCUCCAAGCCGACUCUGCCCGAACGGCAAACAAUGUGAAUGUGCCAAUGUGCAGCCCGCUAUCGUGCGGUACACAUCUCUCAAUCCUUACAAAUCAGAUCAAAAAAAUUACGAUUUAUAAUCACAAUUUUUUCAGAAAUCUCAUUAUCAGCGCAGAUUAGAAACAAAUUAGGUUAAUCGAGUUGAUUCUUGAAUGACUAUUAUUAAAACUAGAGGGGGAACAAAAAGCCGGCCGGCAUCCGGGUUUUCGAAAGUGCAUGUUUUCUAUAACCUGUGAAUUUGACAAUAUUUUGUGAAAUUUGUGACUUUGUGAUUCUUGGUUAGGUCAAGUGUUGAUUUUGUGUUCUGUGUUUGAAACAAUCCCCCGUUACGGGAAGUGCAUGCGUGUGUUUUCAUUUCUUGUUUGAGUUUGUUUUUAAAAAGGGAGUAAAAAAAAAUGAUUUUGGAUUGAUUUUUCUUUAGUUGAGUUUCUUUUUGUCACUGUUUUCAGAAUUUGGACUUGAUUUUCUUUGUUUUUUAUUUUGAGUUUGUUUUUUUUGCGAAUGGGGUAUUAAUGUUCGGUGGUGGUGGAGGUGGCGGUCGGGAAUGGAUGCGAGAGGAUCGGCCGCUGAAGAGGCGCCGCGCGGCGUCGCGACGCCUUCGCCGGUGCCCCAAAAGAACACAGCGACAACAGGCGCCACGUCGCAGAACGUCGUCGUGCUUUCCAGCCCGCCACCCACUCAAACUGGCCAUCAGACCCCAGGUUCAGUCCCCAGGAUACUCAGUCGGAACAUCAAUGGCACGUUGGUGCAAACCUCGGUACCCCAGAACGAGGCGGAGUUGCAACUUUAUCGAGUUAUGCAGAGAGCCUCUCUUCUUGGAUACUACGACACGCUUCUCGAAAUGGGAGGAGAUGAUGUUCAGCAAUUAUGUGACGCUGGAGAGGAGGAAUUUCUAGAAAUAAUGGCCCUUGUUGGAAUGGCGAGUAAACCACUCCACGUUAGACGUCUUCAGAAAGCGCUUCAAGAGUGGCUGACUAAUCCCUCCCUGUUUCAAACACCAGUGGUGCCAACAUCAGCAACAACUUUGAAAACCCCACCCGUGUCUGGAUUCUCACGUAUGAGUCCAAGACUUCAGCAGACAAACUCUUCUGCAAGUUUAACAUCUUCACAGUCAAUGACAACUCCGACACACGUGUCGCUACCACCUUUGCCUUGCAGAAGUGUCAGUCCUGUUGUGCCUACCUCUAAUGUGGUUACACCUGUGGCCUCUUCAACCUUUAGGCACAGUCCUAGUCCUAAUGCUCCUCCAUCUUACACUGCUGCUCACAGUCCGGGUGUUCUGCAGGUCGGAACUUGCGAGUCUUCCUGUGGAAGCGGAACUACUCCAAGUCCUAGUGGAGUUGCACCACCUAGUCCAACUCAACCAACACCAACUCUAGCGCCUUCUCAAGUUCAAAGACUCGCUGAAGCUGCAGAGCGUCUGGCAGCUUCACUCAGGCCUCUGGAUCCUAAGCCCCAUAAUGUUAAAAAGAAGAUUUGCAAGAAUCUUGAGGUAGUGAUGGCUAUGUCAGAUACAGAUCCCCGCAGAAUGGAAGAAAUUAGGAAAUACGCCGCCAUCUACGGUAGAUUUGAUUGCAAAAGAAAACCAGAAAAGCCGCUGACUCUUCACGAAGUUUCCGUGAAUGAAGCUGCUGCUCAAAUUUGUAGAUUUGUUCCUGCCUUGUUGACCCGAAGAGAUGAACUCUUUCCCCUGGCGAGGCGAGUUGUCAGAGACUCGGGGUAUCACUACUCUAAAAAUCAGUAUUUAUCCUUGUCGAGGUCGCGUGAAAAUGGCGAUGAAAGCGACGCGGAAAGAUCGAAGCGCCAGAAGUUUGAGCUCGAGGGCGAGGGUGAGGAUUCGUCGCAGAUGGAAUUAGAUCUUCGUUGCUCAGCUACGGAAAUUAACAGUUCGAAUCUGAGAAGACAACGAUCGUCGAGUCCAGUUUGGAGGAAGAAGAGUAAUAAUGGUUUAUUCAGCUCUAAUAUCGAGGAAAUCAGCGAUUCCGAUAGUCAAUUUUCAUUCUCAAAUGAGGAAUCUUCAUCCUUACAAGAUAUGCACGAUACUGAGGGAGAUAAAAUGGAUAAGGAGAGUGAUUUUAAUCUCAAGGUGAUAGCAUCUCGUGGAGACAAUAUAAUUGCAGUGGCAAAUCCUGCCUUAAUGAACUGCAAUCACCCAAUAAAAGAAGAGCCAGUAGACGAAAAAUCGACCCUGUGAUUAUUUUAUUAUUUUGUAAAUUAUAUUGUUUAAGUUCCCACCCACAUCGUGAAAAAUGCAAUACGUAAUAGUAAUUCUUAUUGUGAAUGUAAUGAUCGAGUGCAAUAUGGUAAAAGUAUGAAAUGCUUAUCACCAUAAGAUUAAUAUUAAAAUUAAAACAUUAAUUAUUAUAAAACUGUGCUUAGGGAGCUUGAAUGACAAAUUAUUUUUUUCAUUCUAGAGUAUUAAAUUUCAAUUUCAUUUCACAUUCCAUGACUGCAGAUAUUCAUAUUAAUUUUUUAUUUUUGUGAAAUAAUUCUUUAACUAAAUCUAGAAUAUCUAUAAGAUUUGAUAGAUCUUUCGCUUUUAUAUGACAAAAGUUGUUAUCUAGUUUUAGCAAAGUACUCGAAAAAUACUCGCGAAUACUCGUCGACAACUAUGAUUAAAUAAUGAUGAUAAUAAUAACUUGCAAACAUGCAUUUGUAAAUAAUUAAGUAAU